CCCAUUUUAAUUACUCACAUGAGAGAUCGCAUCAGUGUGAAAUGUUUGAAACCUGACUCGAGUCCUGUAAAUUUAAAGCUUCUGUCUUUUACGCACAGGAGUGGAAACAAACGAAGAAAACGAUUAUAUCAAAUCAAUCCGCCCAGAUUUGUGAAUGAAUUAUACAGAUGCAGUUGAUUUGUAUCCCUCUAUCCGCCGUAGUGAGGUUUGUCUCGUUUAGUGGCUGAGAGGCAGGCGUCAAACUCCCCCUCCGGGCCUUUCCUGAUUAUAAAACCAACGCGUCCAUUGAGCUCCAAUGGGAACUUGGAACAACAGGUAGGCGUCCUCUGGCUGCGUCACUCGGCUCAGACUGUGGCGCUUUUCGGCGAAGCAAGUGACCGGACCACGAGCUCUCUUGGAAAUCAGACCUGAAAUAAAACUUCGCCCAGUGGUUCCUCAUUAGUCUGAAACUGUUUCUUUUGAGAGUAGACGAGCUGUUUCCUCGCGCCGUCUGGGCUCUUUUGGUGGGAAACUACUACAGACACACACAAAAACACACACACUGAAAGGUUUUCUGAUUGGUUAAUUGGAGGGGACAUCUCAAUGUGGACGCAACGUUGACGAUUCUGGAUGUCUGUUUAUACCCACCGUCCUUGUAAAUCUGCCACAUCGUCCUCGCUGUUAAACUUCCUCUGGGAUAAAGAGAGGACACGCUGAGACACAGCUGAUCCGAAGAGGUCAGACGCUCUCUGAACCAGAUCCCCUGCAGGAGGACAUGGAGGUCCUGCGGCGGUCUUCUGUGUUUGCCGCAGAGGUCCUAGAUGUGUUUGACUGGUCGUUGACUGAGAAGGAGCUGGUGUCCCAGUCUAAAGCCUUGUGCAGAGACUACAUACUGUCCAGACUCAACCAGAAUGGACUGGGAUGGUCCAAAACCGAACUCAACCUCUCUCCCUCAAAUGCGGCGCUCGCUGAGGUGUCUUUGGUGCUUCUCUGUCUUGGCGAUGAGCUGGAGUGUAUACAGCCCAGUGUUUACAGGAAUGUGGCGCGGCAGCUCAACAUUUCUGUUGCCAUGGAGAACAUAGUUUCAGAUGCCUUCAUCGCCGUGGCGACAGAGAUCUUCUCAGCAGGUAUAACAUGGGGUAAGGUGGUGUCCCUGUAUGCAGUAGCCGGAGCCCUGGCAGUAGAUUGUGUCAGACAAGGCCAUCCAACCACCGUUCACAUCUUAGUGGACAGUCUGGGCCAGUUUGUCCGCAAGUUUGUGGUUCCCUGGCUGAAGAGACGGGGAGGAUGGGCGGAGAUCACGAAAUGUGUGGUGAAGAAGGACCUCACCCCUGAACACCACUGGCUGUCCUCUGUCAUUGAGUCCCUGAAGUACUUCCUCACCACAAUGUACGUCUACAUCAUGAAGGAACCAUGAAGAGCUGAGACAGAGCGCACAGGAGUCAUCACCACUGUUUGAUGUGAGAUUGAAAUCUCAGACUUGUCAAUAAACGAUGGAGUGGAGGUGGUCGCUGUGCUUGAUGGGGACUGAGCCUGCCAGCAGAUAUCAGUCUGUCGCUGAAUGGCCAUCAACAAAUGUUUCAUCAGCAUCAUGUAUGUGUUAUCUCGGUGUCAGAUAAGUCUGUAAGUGAUUACCCUUCGUCCAAAGAGUAGUCACGGUGAUAUUUAAAUGGCAGUGGAACAAGUUUGUGUCGCUCCACCUCACACUGCUUACACCAGUGCAGUAAACCAGCUUCUCCAGUGUUGUAACAGUAAUGUAUGAUGGUGUUCAGGCUGAAUGUGAGCAAUAGGAGGCUGUUUGCACUCCUGCGAUAAACUGUUGGAUGCUUUCAUGCAAUGUUUGCCACACACAAAAAUAACUGAAGGAGUAAUGAGGGUGAAAUUAAUGAAAAUUAAUGCUCAGCUGGCUGGGUCCUGUGAGUUUUGAGAGUCCUGAGUCUGAAAAGAAGCAAAGGUGUUUUACUCACGAGUGAGUUUACACCUGAGAGUGAAAUCGGGCGUGAUCAACUGCUCACACUUCAUGGGUUUGAUUUACACUAUUGUACUUUACCGAAGCACAAAUGGUCUCCUUCCAAAUAUGAUCAAAAUGUUGUGACCUAUUAAACUUUCUGCUGCAGUUUUAGACACAAUUUUGCCCAUUUUUGGCCAAAGAACUUAAAGAUGGAGGAACAGUAUGUACAGUACUCCAUCCACAUAUUUUGGUGGUAUUGAUUUUUAAUCUGUAAAUAGUUUAUUUAUGCUUAUUUUUUUAAUUUUUGAUUAUGAUUUUAACAAUUGAAGCCACAGUAUAAAGACAGGAUGAGUGUGCCUGACGGUUGUCACUUUCAGUGUUAAUUUAUAAAUGUGUCUGAACGUUUUUAAAAAAAAAAAAAAAAAAAAAACCCCACAAUAAACUUAACAAAAUCUUCA